UGUUUUUACAAUAUAUAAUCUUUACAUAAAAAAUAAUUCAUCAUUCUUCGCGGCAAAUUAAUUUAAAUAACAUUUGUGUAAUUCAACAAAAUUAUGUUUCUUUUGCAAACUUUAAAUUUAUUAUUACUGAUCUUAAAUUAUACAAAAGAAUAUUAAUAAUAUGUAAUGUUCACAGUACAAAAAAUAUUAAGUAAUUUUAUUUAUUCGAAUGUCAUAUAGCGAUUGUGAGUUAGAGGGAUCAGGUUUCUAAGGCGUUUCUUCAAGGGGAACGAGAAGAAAAAAGCCACCUUACGAAACUCGUCUCGUGAGAAUUUGGGGUACGCGCUUGUUGUGUCCGUCCUUUAUUCGCAAAAUAAUCGUUUGAGCAGCCCGCCUAGUAUAUACUUCAGUCGGUUACCACGUGCUUUCGCGUGAAGGAGUCUCUUAAUCGUGUUCGUGAAUGUCGUAUGGUGUUAAUUAUUAAAUAUUUCGUAAUUAUCUUUUUUUGUAGAUUGCGUGCGUUCGUUCGUAUACGUUUAGUGCUUGGAAAGAAAUAUGUCAUUCUCUAGGAAAUACUUCAAACGGAUCCCGAUUUAUGCGGUAGAGAGCCACAAUGAAGUGCUACCAUUCAUUUAUCGGUGUUUGGGGUCGAGACACCUUCCGUUCGAAGGAAACGCGUUCGUGCAUUUAGAUUCGCAUCCUGACAUGCUUAUACCGAAAACGAUGUUGGCGAACACUGUAUGGGAUAAAAAUCAAUUGUUUAGUGAAAUUAGCAUCGAAAAUUGGAUGUUGCCUGCUGCAUAUGCCGGUCACUUUAAGCACCUGAUCUGGGUCAAACCACCGUGGGCGAAUCAAAUGGUCGAUGGCGUGAUAACCUUCUUCAUCGGCAAGCAUAAGGACAACGGAUCAAUAAGGUAAGACUACAGAAUGUAAUUAAACUGGAUUCUUCCGAUUCGACGGGACUUGUAUAAUGGAAAUGGACUUUACGUUCCAUGCUACAGAAUGUAAAUGCCUUCGUGUAAGACUCUUCGAUUGACCAGAACCAGGCCAUCCAUUGAGUUCGCCGAUCUCACAAAGUUCCCUUGGCUCGUCUGAUCCUUGUCAGCCUUGUGACCUUGGCUUGCCAGCUAAGAGGUUUACCUUGGUAAACCCUGAUAUCUCGGCAUACCACUCGAGGUCUCGGUCGAGGGAUUAAGACAGGGUUGUUCGGCGAGACGACAGAGGGCCGGUGGAAUCGGCGCGAACAAGCUAGAACGAACUAGACUGAGAGUGAAAGCGAGAUAAAGGCGGGGUAGUAGCCAAGAGAAAGGGAAAAGAGACUGUAACCGUACGCCCGUAUAAUUGAUUGAGUCUAAUGAGUUAAAGGGGAUACCAUGGUAUCGGGGUUGGAGGAAUUAAAGAGUUCUGGGUCAUGAAGGCGACAACCCCCGGGACAGAGAGAAAGUGCGGAAACUUAGGUACUCACGCCCCUCCUCCACUCUGGUCCUGGCUUUCUCUAUUGCUUCGCCCCUCGCGAGAACCGUCACGAGGGCGCUGAUUGUAAAUUAGUUAAAGGAGAUGCUUCAUUAGAAUCAGCUGAUUCUUAGAUUUUAACCGGCAACAGAAUGGAAUAUUCUGAAAGUAUCAUGGGGAUGAUGGAUUGAUCGAGAAUUACGUACUUGGCUUCGUACGAUUGAUUUCCUUCUGAGGCUUUGCUGAAGAUCAACGAGGCCGCAUAUUUACCG